CAGAGGGCCCUGGCCAGGGUGGUGUCGGGGUGCCGUCCGAAGUCGACCACCGUGGCGGAAGCACCAACGCGGGGGCCUGCGCGCAACGUCAGAUACUUAGCUUCCUGUGGUAUACUGAUGAACAGAACUCUUCCACCACAUACCUCAGUUUUACCUAAAGAGAUCUACGCAAGAACAUUCUUCAAAAUCACUGCACCAUUAGUAAAUAAACGAAAAGAAUAUUCAGAGAGAAGAAUUAUAGGAUACUCAAUGCAAGAAAUGUAUGAUGUGGUAUCAGGAAUGGAAGAUUAUAAGCAUUUUGUUCCUUGGUGUAAAAAAUCAGACAUAAUAUCUAGGAGAUCUGGGUAUUGUAAAACUCGAUUAGAAGUUGGGUUUCCACCUGUUUUGGAGCGAUAUACAUCAGUUGUAACCUUGGUAAAACCACAUUUAGUAAAGGCAUCUUGUACUGAUGGGAAACUUUUCAAUCAUUUGGAGACUAUUUGGCGUUUUAGCCCAGGUCUUCCUGGCUAUCCAAGAACUUGUACCUUGGAUUUUUCAGUUUCUUUUGAAUUCCGCUCACUUCUGCACUCUCAGCUUGCUACACUGUUCUUCGAUGAAGUUGUGAAACAAAUGGUAGCUGCCUUUGAAAGAAGAGCGUGUAAACUGUAUGGUCCAGAAACAAACAUACCUCGGGAAUUAAUGCUUCAUGAAAUUCACCAUACCUAACAGGAAAAUAUGAACUGCCACCACCUACUUUUGACUAGUUUAUUCACUUUUAGGAAGUCCUCUCACCCUCCACUCAGAAGUCAGGAAGCAUUUGUUAAGCCUGCCUUGAUUCUAAGCUCACUUGCUCCAUUGAAAAUGUGUGCAUUGAAUAUGGACCCUCUUGUACAUAGAAUUAUUUCUUCUUCAAUCAAGUGUAACUCAAAGUAAUGUGUACAUUUGCAGGUGCUGCCUUUGUAAUAAUGGCUGUCAUCACUGUUGCUAAGAUACUGCAUUCCUCAUUUGAGUUCCGAAGUGGAACUAACACGUCUUUUAAUUAACCCCUUACGUGAAAGGUUAGCUGUGUGUUAUAUUAACCGUAUCAUGUUUAAGUUAUUAGGUUCAGGGUAUUUGUAACUUAUUGUUAUUGGGCCUGUCAUACGUCUUAGGGUAUUUGAGUAAUCAAAUAUUUAACGUUGAGACUUUGAUUUGAAGUACUACUAAUGAAGUCUUAGCACUUUGACAUUUUUAGUUGUACUUAUGGUAGCAGUAGAUAAUUCAGUGUAGUUGGGAAGUUGCUCCCAGAUGUACUGAGUAGGUUUUUGAUUUGUUUUUUGUUUUUUUUUGUUUUUGUUUUUGGUGAGUGGUCCAGAGCUCCAAGCUACUUUUCUAAACAUUAGAAACCUCCCCUCAGGUGCUUUGCCUGCACUUUCAAAAUGCUAAUUGCGUGUCAAAAUCUUGUCUGUCACUGUAGGCAGCAGAUAAAUAAGUUAAUUAAUAUUCCUCCAGCACUGCACAUCCCAUUUUCUAUUUAUUGUGCAUAUUCACUUUCAAUAAUAUUCUAAACUGAUAUUUUUUUAAAAACAAAUCAAUGUAAGGGCUGAAGUCAUGACUUAAUAAAGUUAAUUUGUUUAUUUUUGUA